AUGUCAAAUUUGACUUCUGCAUCUGGUGAAGCUAGUGCUUCCUCAGGCAACAGAACCGAGAUUGGAACCAGUUACCCUCAACAAUACUUGGCUCCACCACCACCAACUCAGACUCAACCAGCAAAGAAAAAGAGAAACCUUCCUGGAAACCCAGACCCUGAUGCUGAGGUUAUAGCCUUGUCCCCCAAGAGUCUUCUGGCCACAAAUCGGUUCAUUUGUGAGAUCUGCAACAAAGGAUUUCAAAGAGACCAGAACCUCCAACUUCACAGAAGAGGGCAUAAUUUGCCAUGGAAGCUGAAGCAGAGAACAAGCAAAGAGGUGAGGAAGAAGGUGUAUGUGUGUCCAGAGCCAAAUUGUGUGCAUCAUGACCCAUCAAGGGCUCUGGGGGACCUAACUGGGAUCAAGAAGCACUUCUGCAGAAAGCACGGUGAGAAGAAGUGGAAAUGUGACAAGUGCUCCAAGAAAUAUGCAGUUCAAUCUGAUUGGAAAGCCCAUUCCAAGACCUGUGGCACUAGGGAGUACAGAUGUGACUGUGGAACCCUCUUCUCAAGGUAA